AAUGCGAGAGCGAAGGGGAAAGGGAUAAGGAAAAACAGCUUUGAGAAAUGGCUUCAAUUUCCAUCUCCGCCGUGGCUUCGUCGACGUCUUGGCUCUCUCCGGGGACCGGAAAGUUCACUAGGGUUUGUGUUCCCUCCGCUUCACUGUCUCUUUGCUCGGGCUCGAGACGGAGCUCUUUCUCUCUCGCCGCCUCCGCCUCCGCUCGUUCUUCUUCUCCGUUGCUCCACUCCUCUUUCCUCCCUUCUUCUCUCUCCCUAUCUUCUUCAUUUUCAGGGUUAUCCAUAGAAUUCAAUCUGAACCUGUGUACGAGGGGGCUGAAUGACCGGAGACGCAAGGGACUAGUGGUGAGAGCCGGAAAGUAUACUCUGUGUCAGACGAAGAGAAACCGAUCGAGAAAGUCUUUGGCCCGGACUCAUGGCUUCCGCAGGAGGAUGAGAACCACUAGCGGCAGAGCCACUCUGAAACGUCGACGUGCCAAGGGACGAUGGGAUCUCUGCCCGAAGUCGAACCCUAGCAGCGGGAAAAGGGCGUAAAAGCUUUGCUUCCUCUCUCUCUCUCUGCAAUCUCUCUGUAACGUUUUCGGGUUUUUUUUUAUAGCUUUUCCUCAUCAGAAGAUACAUUGGGAACUCAGUUGGAUGAAAGCUAAGCUCUUCUUGUUCUUCCCUUUGACUAUGUCUUGGAUUCUUUAUGGUUAUGAAUGGUUUUGGCAAAAUCUA